ACCAAUUUAGAGGAUCAGUGGACGAAAUGGUUGGAAAAAGUAUCUGAGGGUCUUGUCGUCUUGCAGAAAGAUCAAAAUGGGAAAGUGAUUGGCACUGUAGUUGACAUGAGGGUAAAAAUGUGCCCCAAAUACCUUGAAGAAGGGCCCCAUUACUCUCUUGGCUCUUGUCCGCGAUGGCAUAUUUGUAAAAGGUUCCUUGAAGGUAAUUGCCGAGGUGGAUGUAGCCGUUCUCAUGACUUCUAUGAUGAGAGUAACAGAGACAAGAUAGAACGAUUUUUUCUUGAGUUGUUUCCUAAUGAACUUAUCAGAAGGAUCGUUAGCUACAGCCUGCCUCAAGUUUGCCUCCUGUUUUUGAACGGAAAAUGCAAUUACGAUGGAUGUCCGUACCUUCAUAUUUGUCCUAGUAUGGUACGAAAGUUUAAUUGUGAAUGUUCUCUGACACACAACAACGCUGGUCUAAGUUUGCAUAACAAGGAAGUUCUACAAAGGUACUGGCUACAGGCAAGGAUCACUGAUUUUGCUCUUUUGAAUAUUUUGGUGCCGGUCGAGCAAAGAAAUUUUAAAUCAAGCGUAACUGUGAUACGUAUAUGUUGCCCGAAUUUGAAGUUACCCAUAUUUGAGGAUCCCAAAGGCGCCUUAAAAAUACUUAAUGCAAAUGCCUUUGUUAUUGACAAUCUCAUUACACGUUCUACUUUAGGAAAAGACAAUGCCGUGGCACAGAGGUAAGCCACUGAAAUUUUCUUGUUUUGUGUUAAUCUCCAACACCUUUUAGGGUUUUUUGAAAUUUUCUGAUAAGCUUACCUGUCAUUUGAUUUUUCUUGGGAAUUCAGGGUUGCUUGUAAGUAACUGUUCGCGAAAGCGGUGGCCGCUGUUGUUGCAGGGGGCUUUCCAAACGUUCCUUCCUUGCCUACAAACCUCGUCAAAAUUCAUCGAAACAUACCACUUCUCUUUUUAAAUUUGAUGUGAGAUUUUAAAGAUAAGUGGUGAAAACUUCAAUUAAUCCCGUCCCAUUUUCGCUCCAAGAAUGGGCUGGGAAUAGGCCAUUUGCACUAGGAGAUCAUGUGACAUCGUUUUUAUGAAAAUCAAAGUUAUAUGAUUUUGCUUUCGAAAAACAAUUAGUGGGUCAUAUCUUAAACAAAAUAAUAGUGAUUUGGUUUUUCAAACCCGCACCAUUUUCUUAAAAUGAGUAAGUUCGAAGCUGGUCACGUGACCAAAAUGUGAUUUUUAAAAUUAUGAAUUACCUCUUUCUGAACACAAAUUUUGCACUUAAACUUCAAGGAAAAUGUUGAAAAGAUGAUGUGGUAACAUUUACAGCACAUCUGAGCGUAACUAUCAAACGUUUAACAAGAUAUAAGCAAAAAGCAGUUUUGGCCGCCAUGUUGGAGGGCAACAGUAUGCCCUCCAACAUGGCGGUCUCGAAUUUCGGUUGUAAGAUAAUUUUUAUGCGCGCUGUCAAUUUUUGGCAUCAGCAAGAUUCCAACUCAUUGUUUAAAGGAAGAAUUGGUUACGUGACCUCUUAGUGCAAGCGGCCCAUUGCUCUUGUUGCGCUUGUUUGCUGAAGAAAGAUUAAGUCUAUUUAUAAGUAAUUUGGCGUAAAUAUUGCCACUAGCGUGACGUUUAUUUGUCUCAAAUAUUACUCUUACUAUAACCUUAAGAGAAAAUACAAGUGCUACAUGAUAACGUCAGUUGGGGCACAAGAAAAACCGCCUCAAGCCACACAAAGAGCCCUUCGCUCCCCCCCAUCCCAAAUCUUACCAAUUGUCUCAACGAUUUUAUCAGAGAUUGUAAGUUCCUUCCACCCGGGAAGAUGUAUGUGCGUUAACACGUUUCUACGUAUAUGAUGAACGUCUGAGAAAGAUGUUAACUGUUUAAUUACUGCCAAAGGGUCCCAAAGUCAAGUCAGGGCAGCCCUAUCAGUCAUUGGCUGGUAUCAAAAGGGGCCCUGCGUAAAUUACGACUACGUGAUAAAAAAUUUUAAAAGAUUGCCCUUUGCGUUUAGGAACCGUGCCAUAAAUGGUCAUCUCCCAGAUCACUGGUCUUCAAUGUCUUCUGAAAAAAUAUAUAUACGUGUUAAGCUGGAACCUUCUUCAAAAGAAUUUAAAAUAGUGGAGCGUUUAUUUCGACACACAAUGAAAGACGAGGGCGUCAUUGUUGAAAUAAAGAGACUGCAGAAUCCUUUUCUGUGGGAAAAGUACUGCAGGUUAGCCAUCUUUGUUGCCUAACAUAUAUGUAUCUGGGUAACUGAUCUCCUACCCAUUCCCUAAACCAACAUUUUGCCUUAAGGGAGAAGUAAGUGUUAAUGGUGGUUUACGGGAGGGGUAGGUGGUGAGUUACCCAGAUACGUAAAAUGAUCCUUUGUUGCCAACUGAAAGUUAUUGCUGGAUCAAGUAAUCUUUGCCUCCUUUUCUCUUUCCCCUUUUUCUUUCUUGCCAUCUUUUGCUUAAAAUGCAGCGGCAAUUGAAUUAUAUAUAAAAAUUUUACAAUUACUCUGCUUGAUUACACCAUAAUUUUUAGGGAGUUAUUAUAACCCCAAAUAUGGAGUAAAAAUUUUAGGUACAGAACAACCCCUUUUUGGGGGUUACUUUAACUCCUAAUUUAACUCCGAAUUUGGGAACAUUUUUACUCUUGAAAAACAGUUCUUUUCACUCCCAGUCUGGAGUUAAAAUAACCCCGACAUGGGGUUAUUUUUACUCCUUACAUCGGUUGUUUUUACUCUUUUUUGAGUUAAUUUAACUCUGAAAGUGGAGAAAAAAUUUUAGGUACAGGAUAACUCCUUUUUUAGGGUUAGUUUUAACUCCUCAAUAUCUGGGGUCACUUUUACUCCUGAAAAAGAGUUCUUUAAACUCCUUUUUGGAGUUACAAUAACUCCCGAAAAAAUAACUCCACUGUAAGGAGUUAAAUUAGCCCCACUAGAGGAGUUAUUAUAACUCCUUGAAAAUUACUGAGUAGUUAUCACCUGCACAGCAAAAAUAACACUCUGGUUGCAUUAUUCCAAGUAGACUUUUUCUGCUGAUUUGAAUUAUAAUGAACAAACUUUUUGCAAUAAAAAUCACAGGCCAGUAAUAAUAGAUUAGGUAAGAUCUGUAGGUCAUUUCUUUUGUUGUACAUAAUCUGUGCCUCGGUACCACAGAAGGAACCAGAUCCCUGAUCUGCGAUCGCUGAAAGCGCAUGCCGCCAGGUGGUUCUGGAAGCAAGUUCUAUGAACUGUAAAUGUCAUGAAAACUGUAUAUGUAUUAAUCAGCAAUUAUUGCUAUUGCUGUUGCCCGGUCCCAGGAAUUUUUUGAAAUCUAGAGAUUAUUUUAAGCAUUUUUCAUAAAACAUUUCUAUGCAAGUCGAAAGAAUGGAGGAGCGAAACUACAGCAAUACAGUUUUUACGGUGUGAAACAACGAACGCAUAGAGUCAUCUUGGGCCAGUGUUGGGUGUUUGCAUCUUCUUCUCCAUGAAAAACAUUUCUUAUUUGAGACACUCAAAUCUUUCCUCGGCAUUUCUUUAAGAUAGAAAGUUAGCCCCAAACUCUCAUGAAGGCAGAUCUAACAUAAUGAGAAUGGAGUCUACUUCGUUGAGGUUUGUGAGUUGAGAAAGGUUAAGGGCCAUUAGUUACUAGAAACCGAUUGACGAAUUUGCUAAGAAUUGUUGUUUCUCAUUAUUCUCAUCCAGGGAAAGGAGAAUACAUGGAAAGGUACAGACCACUGGAAUCGGCGAAUGAAAAGCAGUUAUUUCACGGAACCAGCAAGCAUUCGGUAGGUGCCAUUUGUAAACAAAACUUUGAUUGGCGUGUUCCAAUCAAAAAUGGAAAUGAUUAUGGCCGAGGAAUUUACUUCGCAAAAAAUGCCUCAGAUAGCAAAUAUUACGCAAAACCAAGUGAGCAUCAUCAUCGCUACAUGUUUUUGGCCCGGGUAUUGGUUGGUACGUACACCGCCGGCGCACGUAGUUACUGUAGACCGCCACCAAAAUACUAUGUCGAUCCCGAGAGUGAUUUGUACGAUUCGUGCGUGAACAACGUGAAGAAUCCGACGGUCUUUGUUAUCUUCGACAAUGAUCAAUGCUAUCCAGAAUACAUUAUCAAGUAUUUCACGCUGGAG